AUGGUCCUCCUCAGUAUUCUUAGAAUCCUUUUUCUUUGGGAACUGGUGUUUUUCAGGGAAUACAGGGCAAAAGUAGGGAAGCCUUCUAUUGGCCUCCUGGCUGAGGAUUCUACUUGGCCCCUGAUUUGGAAGUUGCUAGAAGCAGCUAAAGAAGCCAGGCUCCUAGGCUCCCUACAUGUUGGAAUUGUACUGGAGUUGAGCUUACUCACAUGGAAACCUAGGGAGAAAAACACCAUUGGGAUGGUGAGAAUACCACUAGCCAGAGCCACUGUGGUUUACUGCCUUCAACUCCAGCCAACUCACUUCCACUUCUCCUGCCAUGUAGAGCCCUGGGUUGGGAAAAGCCUGGCCAACCACUUUCCUCCUUCAGGAAGAGGCUCUUCAAAGCUUUCUCUGAUGUCUAAAGCUUAUAAAGAAGGGAUCACACAACAUGUUCAGCAAAACCUUUGGAAUCACCAGGGAAUCAGGGUCCUAUGACUUCAUUUCCUGUCUCAGCAGCAAAAAGGCAGUGAGGGUCUUAAGCACUGGCAGUGUCCCACUUGAGCCUUGGACCUUACCUUCUUGUUACUCUAUUUCAAUGGCACUCAUAAAGGUGUUCAAAAGGUUAAACCACUUCUCAGAGUCCCGGAAGAGUUUGCCGGGACGCCAGCCCUCCAUUCUAAGAAGGUUCCUGGUUCCUCCUGGGAACAUGAUGGGCCUGAAAAUAACCAGUGUUCCCUCUGCCGUUUCCAAGUCAGCUUUCACCAGCUGGACUGGGAUCAGUAGGUCAUUGCUCCCCAUCACUGUGAAGGAGCCUGCCCUUGGGUACGAGGCUAUGCUCUCAAGCCCCCCCCCAUCAUUCAGAACCUUAUAAAUGAGCUGGUGGCUCAGAGUGUCCCUCAGUUCUCAUGCAUACCUUAAAAAUAUAUCCCCAUUAAGAUCCUUCCAAUGGAGGCAAAUGGGAGUAUUUUGCAUAAGGAGUAUGUGGGCAUGAUAGCUCAGUCUUGUUGAACAUGCAGAUGA